UCCAAGCCUUUCCCAGGUCAAUCCCAGCUCACAGCGCACACGCCUAACCCCAUUUCCUUUCCCCUCCACCCCACCGCAUCCAAUAUAAACCCCCGUUGCCGCCUCUUCGUCUCGUAGAACGCGCUCCCAUUCCUCCCCAACCCAAAAUCGCCAUUAAUGGCGAUCGUAGCGAGCGCGUCUUCUUCUUCCUCCUCCUCCUCCAUGCUUGCUCCUCCUCCUCCUCCUUCGCAUCUCCCCUCCUCUCCCUCCGACGCCGAGGCGCUCCGCUCCCUCCUCCGCCUCUCCCGCGAGAUCUCGCUCUCGGACCCGCCCCGCUCCCUCCCCACCCGCCUCCUCGCCACCGCAGCGUCCCGACGCUGCAAGCUCCUCUCCGUCCUCUUCGAGGAGCUCCUCCGCGACGGCGCGGUGGCCGGGGAGCUCCCGCGCGCCGCCUCGCUCUGCCUCGCCGAGAUCCUCCUCGCGCUGCAGCGGUUCAAGUCCCUGCUCGCGGAUUGCGCGGCGCGCAGCCGCUUCCGCCUCCUCCUGGAGGCCGACGCCGUCGCCGCCGAGUUCCACGAGCUCAGCCUCGACCUCGCCACGCUCCUCGACAUCCUCCCCGCCGCCGAGCUGGCCGUGGCCGAGGACGUCCGCGACCUCGUCGACCUCGCGCGGCGCCAGUGCCGGCGCUCGACCCCGGCCCCCGACCCCGCCGAGGACGCGCUCCGCUCCGAGGUCCUCAAGCUGAUCCGCGAGAUCGAGAUGGAGAUCGUCCCCGACCGGGCGCGCCUCGCCGCGAUCUUCGAGCUCCUGGGCCUCGACGACUCCCCGAGCUGCCGCGACGAGAUCGAGCUCCUGGAGCGCGAGAUCGGCGACCGCGCCGCCGAGAAGUGGACGUCGGUCAUGGUCGCCCUCGUCGGCCUCCUCCGCUACGCCAAGUGCGUCCUCUACGGCGCCUCCACCCCCCGCUCCGACGCCUCCUCCGCCGCCGGCUUCUCCUCCUCCGCCGCCGCCGACGAUCUCGCCGCGGCGGCGCCCCGGGACUUCCGGUGCCCCAUCUCCCUCGACCUGAUGCGCGACCCCGUCGUCGUCGUGGCCACGGGCCAGACGUACGAUCGCGCCUCCAUCGCCACGUGGUUCGCAUCCGGCCACGCCACGUGCCCCAAGACCGGCCAGGUCCUCCCCCACCUCGACCUCGUCCCCAACCGCGCCCUCAAAAACCUCAUCUCCCGCUGGUGCCACGAGAACGGCGUCCCCUUCGACCCCUCCGCCUCGUCGUCGUCGUCCGCCGCCGCCUCCGCCGGGGGGGGGAACCCUGCUGCAAACCCUAACGGCGGCGGCGCGGCGGCGGCGACCCGUGACAAGGCGGCGCUGGAGGCGGCGCGGAUGAUGGCGCGAUUCCUGGUCUGCAGCGGCUGGGGCGGCGCCUCCGCCGUCGCGGAGGCGGCGAGGCCGCGUGGUCACGAGCUGCGGCAGCUGGCGAAGGCCGGGCCCGAGCAGCGCGCCUUCGUGGGGCGGGCCGGGGCCGUCCCCUUGCUCGUCCCCCUGCUGCGCUCCGACGACGGCGUGCUCCAGCUCAACGCCGUCACGGCGCUCCUCAACCUCUCCCUCCACGACGCCAACCGCCGCCGCAUCAUGCACGCCGACGGCGCCCUCGACGCCCUCGUCCACGUCAUGGCCGCCGGCGCCACCUGGCGCGCCAAGGAGAACGCCGCCGCCGCCGUCCUCAGCAUCUCCGCCGCCCACUCCUACCGCCGCCGCCUGGGCCGCGACCCGCGCCUCGUCUCCGCGCUCGUGGCGCUCGCGCGCGCGGGGCCCGGCUCCACCAGGAAGGACGCGCUCGCCGCCAUCCACAGCCUCGCCGGCGACCGCGAGAACGUCCCGCGCCUGGUCGACUCCGGCGCGGCGCCGGCGGCGCUCGACGCCGCCGCGGCGGUGCCGGACGCCGCGGAGGAGGCGGCGGCGGUGCUCGCCGCUCUGGCGAAGCGCGGCGGCGCGGAGGCGGUGGCCGCGGCGGAGGGCGCGGUGGCGACGCUGGUGGGCCUGCUGCGGCGCGGCUCCGACUGGGCGAGGGAGAGCGCGGCGGCGGCGCUGGUGCUGCUGUGCCGCCGGGUGGGUGCCGCCGCGGUGGCCGAGCUGGCCGCGGUGCCCGGGGUCGAGUGGGCGAUUUGGGAGGUGAUGGGCACCGGCACGGAGCGGGCGCGGCGGAAGGCGGCCGCUCUCGGGAGGAUUUUCCGACGGUGGGCUGCGGCGGUCGAGGCCGACCGCGCCUCCAGACUCACCCCGGCCGGCCUCUCCGCCUCCGUCGCGGUGGCCCAGGCAUAAUUUUUCGCAAUCCACCAACCGACAAUCUCCUACCUUACUCAAAAUUUAUUUAUUAAGACGAAUGGUGAAUUUGACGAUCUCGUAUGUACAGAAUUCGUCCUUAGAUGUAGACGCGCCUCCCGUUGGUGCCUGGACGUGAUUGUUGCCAAAUUGUCCAUACAGUCUAUUUUUAGCUUUUUUUUUGUUUUUUAUUCCAUUUCAUUGAUUUAUAUUUUUUUUAUAUUACAGAUUUUGUAUUGAGAAUUGAAAUGGUUUGGUUCCGCAAAAUGCUACAAUAGAAAUUUAAAUUGAAUGCUCAAAUGUUAGUCAA